AUGAUUAUUAGACAUACUCGUCCGCGAGUUAUUUUACAAAAGAGAGGGUUGUCAUACUCUGUACCAAAGCUCUUCCAAAUUCCACUCUUACCUACAAGAAAACAGAAACCUGGUGGCGUGGAAGGCGAUGUUAAUUCAGCCUCAUUUGUACCAUCGAAGAACAAUUUUAAAGGAUCUUUACAUUGGGACCUAGAAAGAAUCAUUUCAAUGACACUUGUUCCACUAAUUGUCCUGCCAUUCAUUACAGUGGGUACAAUACAUACAAUAACAGACACUUUAUUGGGUGCUAUGCUUGUAGGUCAUUGUCAUAUUGGAUUUCAGUCUUGUAUCAUCGACUAUGUAUCAAAAAGAGUGUACGGUAGGAUACAUAAUUAUUUCAUGUAUUUAUUAACAGUCGGCACACUCUUAUCUGGAGUUGGUAUCUACAAGAUAGAAGUUGAAGAUGGCGGGAUCAGUACUGUAGUCAAGCAAUUUUGGCAUGAUUGA